UUGACCUGCGGUCAUACAGUAUUUCCACACAGUCACUGUUUACGAGGGGCGAAGUGCGUCUGAUCAAUAAAACGUCAAAUCCAAAUCAGGGCGAAAGCUUCGAUUUACUGAACAGACGACGGUGAUUCACACGCAGUUGGACACAAUCGAACAUGGCCCAGCUUCUAGAGUCUAUGCCCGGUGCCUCCACGGGACAGGUCGUGGUGACAGACCACCUAAAUUUCUGGGGCGGGUGCAGAGUUAAACCCAAGGAUGGGAAAAACGCGGAGCCCGUCCACGAACCUGCAACUGGUCGGAAGCUAUGUGACAUGUUUCCAUGUGGGAAAGAGGAGGUGGACCAGGCCAUCCAGAGUGCGCAUGCUGCCUACCUAAAGUGGAGUAAGAUGACAGGCAUGGAGAGGGCCCGAGUCAUGCUGGAGGCUGCUCGCAUCAUCAGGGAGAGAAGAGACAACAUUGCCAAGUUGGAGGUGAUCAACAAUGGGAAGUCUAUCACAGAGGCCCAGGUGGACAUUGAUGUUUCCUGGCAGGCCUUAGAGUACUACGCUGGCAUUGCUGGAACACUGGCAGGCCAGCACAUCCAACUGCCCAGAGGAUCCUUUGCUUACACCAGACGGGAGGCCCUGGGGGUAUGUGUGGGCAUCGGGGCCUGGAACUACCCCUUCCAGAUCGCCUGUUGGAAGUCUGCUCCUGCCCUGGCCUGUGGUAACGCCAUGGUGUUCAAGCCUUCUCCUUUCACCCCUGUGACCGCCGUGAUUCUGGCUGAGAUCUACAAAGAGGCUGGGGUACCUGAUGGGCUCUUCAACGUGGUGCAGGGUGGGGCGGAGACUGGCACCCUGCUCUGUAAUCACCCCGGCGUGGCUAAGGUGUCCUUCACUGGCAGUGUCCCCACUGGGAAGAAGAUCAUGGAGAUGUCUGCGAAGACGGUGAAGCAGGUGACUCUGGAGCUGGGAGGGAAAUCACCCCUCAUCAUCUUUAAGGACUGUGAGCUGGAGAACGCAGUGAGGGGGGCGCUCAUGGCUAACUUCCUGACUCAGGGAGAGGUGUGCUGUAACGGGACGCGGGUGUACGUGCAGAGGGAGAUCAUGCCUGAGUUCCUGGAGGAGGUGGUUAAGAGGACCAAGGCCAUCCAAGUAGGGGACCCUCUCCUGGAGGACACCCGCAUGGGAGCCCUGAUCACCAGGCAACACCUGGACAAGGUGCUGGGCUUCGUCAGCCAGGCCAAGAAAGAGGGAGCAAAGGUACUUUGUGGAGGGGAUGCAUUUACCCCGAUUGACCCCAAACUGAAAGGAGGUUACUACAUGUCUCCCUGUGUCCUGGACAACUGCAGAGAUGACAUGACGUGUGUGAAGGAGGAGAUCUUUGGGCCUGUAAUGUCAGUGAUGCCCUUUGACACAGAAGAGGAAGUGCUGAAGAGGGCCAACAACACUACCUUCGGCCUGGCCUCUGGAGUCUUCACCAGGGAUAUAUCCCGGGCCCACCGGGUGGCUGAGAACCUGCAGGCUGGAACCUGCUUCAUCAACAACUACAACAUCAGCCCUGUGGAGGUGCCCUUCGGAGGGUACAAGCAGUCUGGUUUUGGCAGGGAGAACGGCCAGGUGACCAUCGAGUACUACUCCCAGCUGAAGACUGUGGUUGUGGAGAUGGGAGACGUGGACAAUUACUUUAAUUGUUAAAUUACCAAUUAAGUGCCAAGGAGAACCUAUACACUACUGUCCUUGAGACGUUUGGUGUAUUUGUGCAUCUGAGGAAAGUAUAAUUUUUAUUGAUAGUUUAUAACAGCAAGUAACUAACAUGGCUGGUUUGUCUGUACAAUGUGCAAGUAUGAGGAUGUCACCAAGUGCAAAUAAGCGUGCUCUGAUCCUAGCCAAUAAGUCAAUAUGAAGAACCGUUCAAACGUUUCCCAUGGUCCAUCACUUUCUAUCACAUGUAUCUCUCACUUUUUGAAUAAAUGUUUGUAAUACUCCCAGUA